CUCCCAAUUCACUUUCAACCAAAAUUUGACCUGGACCCAAACAAUCCCUAACCAUUCCGACCAAAGCCCAGGGACCCACACUCACAACCUUAAAACCGGUCGUAGGUUGUACUUUGUAGUAUGUUUAACCGCUGUAUCCAAGUUUACCGUUAAAUUCAAGAUUCCGGAGCGACAAUCUCUCUCUAAUCCCGCCGGCGGGAAUACUGAGUAUCCCUGACAAACAGCCACAGUCGGAAAAUUUUCCCAGAAUAAAUGAUCCUGAGGAUAUUGAAAAAAUCUGCGACCGUUGAAGUAUCCCUCUCUCUCAUUUAUAUCUCAUUUUCUUCUGGCAAUAAAUGCCACCGCUCCCCACUCUCUUAUUAUUCAAACUUGGCUUGGGGGUCUGGAACUGAAGAAAUAUAGCUGUUAAAAGGCUUUUGUGGAUACAGUUUUAGUUUUAUGGUGUUCAUCUGUUGAUUCAUUGGCUGCAGUGAUUGAUUGGGAGUGAUUCUUAGGUUGAAGACUUGAAGAAGAGUGAAUAAUAUAUAUCAGGCUUUUCAGGCCUGAUUAAUAAUGGCUAUUGUGAGUUUACAUAAUGUUUCUGCAUUUGAUUCUUCUUUCCCUGGUGAAUCAAGGCGAAGGGGCGAAAGAGAAAGUCCAAGGACAGGUGCAUCCACUCUCAUUCAAAUGUGGAGGGAGAUUGAGGGUGAGAGCAUGGUGAGUAAUACCAUAACCAGAUUUGGUGAUAGAGAUGGGAAACUGAGGAGUGAGGGUGUGAAUUCUGUGGGCAUUUUCGAGUCAGAUGGGCACAAUAAUGAAAAUCAGACAGUUUUAGGGAAUGAAAAUCAGAAUGGCACCUCAGAUUACUCCAUGGAUCUUGGGGAGAUAGAAAGACAGCGAGUCAGACAAGUUUUUCGGGGAUGGAUGGGCGAUGGUGUAAAGAUUCGUUCUUUGAACACAUCGCCUUCGCCUAUCAAUGGCCAAUCAAAGGCAGAUUGGUUAGGUGGAAGUGAGUGUGUGAAGUUGAGAAUUGUAAAGGAAGGGGUGCAGAUGUAUAAUGAGCAGAGAGGCUCAAACAACUCUGAUAGAGAUGAAGGGGGUGCUGAAAAUAGUCCUAAAAUUGAGCAAGUGAGUGAUAGGGUGCUGCUGAAAAAUUCUGGAAAUGGAGUGUGGAAGGGCUGCAGGGCCUUAAGAGGACUACGCGGCAGACAGGCUCUUCUCGAUUUGCUGCUCAAGGCUCAGAGGGAACGGCAGAGAGAACUUCAAAGUUUGAUGGAGGGUAGGCCUGUAUCAGACUUUGCUUAUCGUAAUCGCAUCCAGUCACUGCUGAGAGGGAGAUUCCUGCGCAAUGAUAGAUUGAUCCGGGAUGAAAGACCUGCUGCGGCUUCAGUUGCAGCAAGUGAAAUAGGCCUUCUGAGACAAAGACAAACUGUUUCUUAUUUGAGGGAAGGAUUUUUGUCUAGAUUGGUCCAUAUUGAGCCUAGUCAUGGUCAAAUUUGUGGUUUUCAGUCCAAUGACUCCUCUAAUGGUGAACAUAAUGCUCUUGAAAACGUUCGCUCUCAAUCAGACAUUGGACUAGACGUUACUGAUGAAUUUCGUGACCAAUCUGAGCUUUCAAAUGAAUGGAGAGAGAUCAAUGAAUCUCAGAGACUUGGGAACUCAGAGACAGUUGGGGAAAUGAAUCAGUAUGGAAGUACUGCCAAAACUGCUGAAACAUCAGAGCGAGGCUUAGAAUGUGACAGUGAAAGUUGGCUCGAAAGUGCAGCUAACCAACAGUAUCCAACAACUCGUGACAACGAUGUUGAAGAACAUAGUCAUGUUCAAGGCUCGGAGAAUGAGUGGCGUGGCAAUGCUAUACAGGAGGACUCGAUGGAUGCUCCUGUUGGAAGGGCGGACUCAUUUUACAUCCCAGAUGACAACGGUGUUCACAGCGUGGAGCUUAGAGAACUGCUCAGCAGGCGACGUGUCUCUAAUCUACUGCAAAGUGGUUUUCGCGAGAGACUAGACCUGCUGAUACGGUCUUAUGUGGAGAGGCAAGUGCAGGCUUCUCUCGACUGGGAGAUGGAUGGAACAGAAUCCUCCCCCGAUGCCAAUGAUCAAGGAAAUGGCAAUCAGGAUGAGGAUCACAUAAACGAUAUCGAAAGAAAUAACUUUUCACCAGAUUCUCUAUCCGAGCCUCUUUGGGACCAGGAGAUGCUGGACACAGAUAUGCUUUGCUAUAGUCCUCAUCCACGCCCUGGAGCGGAGUGGGAAAUCAUCAACGAGCUAAGGACCGACAUGGAUAGGCUUCAACAGCAGAUGAACAAUAUGCAGAAAAUGCUGGAAACUUGCAUGGACAUGCAAAUCGAACUGCAGCACUCUGUGCAAAACGAAGUUUUCGCAGCCUUAAAUCACUAUGCUGUUUCAAAAGAUGAAAAUGCUGCAAGUGAGGACAAUCUUCUGAAGGACAAACCGAAAUGGGAUAAUGUGAGAAAGGGAAUCUGCUGCUUAUGCUGCACAAGCAGCAUAGAUUCAUUACUAUACAGAUACCGCUAAUCUUUAUAGGUGUGGGCACAUGUGCACAUGUUCAAAAUGUGCCGAAAAACUGGUCCAAGAAAAUGGGAAGUGCCCAAUGUGUAAGGCACCUGUAGCUGAGAUGAUCCAGGCUUACUUUAUACAACAAUAGGAAUAUUAGGAUUGCCAAAGUGAAUAUAUAUGCAGAGGUCUUUAAUUUGAUUUUCUUGCACACUUGCUCUAUUACAUGGAUUACUCGAUGGAAUGGUCGAUUUGAUUCUAUGUUAAGAUUAAAGAAUUUGGGAUGAGCUUUUUUGAA